CAGUAUGUCAUACUGCACGGACCGCAUGUUCAUCACAAGUGCUCCCUGCGCUCCGACUACCAUCUAAUAUCCAGUGCGCACGUCCUGCAGGAUACUUUGCGCACACACGCUCGGAACUGCUGCAAAAAAUCUCGGGACUUUUUCUUCAGGACGCCAGGAGGAGUGUCUGGAGAUCCACAGGUAACUGCAGUGUUCCUCCGACGUUCGGCCGACAUGCUGGGGAUCUGUGUGUGUCUGUGCGUUGUUUUCAUGCAUGUCCUCUCUCAGGAGGCUGAGGAGCCCAUCUCCUACACUUGCACAGAGGGGUAUGAGUAUGACAGAGUCCGAGAGCAGUGCAGAGACAUCGACGAGUGUGCCUUGUUAGAUGAUGCCUGCAAAGGAGGGAUGCAGUGUAUCAACCACUUUGGUGGAUACCUCUGCCUCCCCAAGAGCGCCGUCAUCUACAUCAGCCAGGAGGGCGAACAGGUGCAACUGCCGGAAUCCAUCCCUCCUGUGCCGCCGAGUCAGCCCCAGCUCCCGCCUGUGUUCACUGGCAGCCAGAGGCUCCCCCAGCCGACCCGGACGAUCCGCUGUACGCCCGGCUUCACCCCAGAUGAGCAGAACCUCUGCAGAGAUUGGAAUUCCAUUGUGCUGACUGCUGUGUACUGCAGGCAGAAGGGAAUGCUGAUAUUGAAGGUGUUGCACAUGGACAGAUGCUGCGCUGCUGCCAAGAAAAAUGCGUCCGAAUGUGUCUCUAAGCAGAGCUAUGCAGGUAUUUGA